AUGGCAGGUACUCCUAGCGCUAUAUGGGAUUGCCAAGCUGGCAUCCAAAUUUGGGUAGAAGAGUUCAACAGAAUAUGCAAUACUAGGAAGGAGGGAAGUAAACAGAACCAGGAGGCAACUUCGGAGGUAAUCAAAGAUAACCUUCUAGAAAAG